CGAAACGCGAUCACUCCUUUUCCAGCUGACUAGUAUGGUGGUACGAUAGCGAAGAAAAGCGAAUUUCCGGGCGGUGGCAUUUUCUUUCCUCCCUACAGCACCAAAGAAAAAGAAAAAAACAAUGGCCGACAAGAAGAGACCUGCUCCAUCAUCAGGGAGCCUCUCGGAGGAAGGACUCAAACACUUCAAGACGUACAAGUACUCUUCCGUCGACCUGUCGCCGAUUUCGAAUUAUAUUUUGAAACAUUAUUGGAAUUACUGCGUAGAAUGGUUACCGUUAUGGCUGGCUCCAAAUAUGGUCACACUCAUUGGAUUCCUCUUCGUAAUUGGGAACGUCGGGUUGCAACAGCUCAUGGAUCCGGAUCUUACUGGACCUCAGCAUGCUUGGGUAUACUACAGUUAUGCUUUUGGGGUUUGGGCAUACUCGACUAUGGAUAAUAUUGAUGGCAAGCAAGCGAGACGGACAGGCACUUCUUCUGGACUCGGAGAACUGUUUGAUCAUGGCAUUGACUCGCUGAACUGCACUCUGGCAUCCCUGCUCGAAGUGUCUGCAAUGGCUCUUGGCCCCACGCGCAUUGGUGCUUUGACAGCCCUCAUACCCUGCUUGCCGAUGUUCUUCUCGACCUGGGAGACGUAUCAUACACAUACCCUGUAUCUCGGCUACUUCAACGGGCCAACAGAAGGCUUACUCUUGGCUUCAACAAUCAUGCUGCUUUCUGGAAUUCAUGGUCCUCAAAUUUGGCACAAGCCGUUGGCGGACGUGGUGGGACAGAAGGAAGUGCUUGGCUCGAUGUCCAUGGUCGAUCUUUGGGCUGCGAUCCUCUUGAUCGCGUUCUUCACAGCUCACUUGCCGGGCUGCGUGAUCAAUGUGGUCAGGGCAAGAAGAGCAAAGAAUCUUCCGCUUAUGCCAGUAUUCUUGGAGUGGUCGCCGAUGAUCGUCUUUAGUGGAGCUCUUGUUGCAUGGCUGGGCUCACCAUACUCCGCAUUGCUCCAAGACAAUCAUUUGUGCCUACUUUGCCUUACGUUGUCGUUCGUCUUUGGUCGCAUGACGACCAAGACCAUCCUCGCUCACUUAACGCGGCAACCUUUCCCAUACUGGACAGGCUUGUUGGCUCCUUUGGUAGGUGGGGCCAUCAUGGUGAAUCUUCCAUAUAUUGGCUUCAGCCCUGCAUCUUCGGAGAUUCAGCUAUACUAUCUUUGGGCGUACUUCGUGGCAUCGAUGAUUGUGUAUGGUCGAUGGGCGUAUGUGGUCUGCACUGCAAUCUGCGAUUAUCUCGGCAUCAACUGUCUUACGAUACCCGAGGAGAAAUGGAGAGCGUUACAAGCGCAGAAGGGCAAGAAUUCAUGAUGCGGCGGCAUUGGAUCCGACGACAUGUAGAAGGCAUAUACUCAGCUAGUGAAUGAAAUGGACGCUCAACGCUGCC